AAGGGAUUGCAGUUCUUCCCGAUCGAACAGCUGCCUGCAGCGCUGCAUGGAGCACAAGCGCCUGCGUCUGUCAGAGGCAGAUGAGGCAACCGCAGCCAGGCACGAGGACAUAGCGGCAAGAGUUGAGUCCGCCGGCCUGGUUGAGGAACGCUUGGUUGCGCUGGCUGACCGUGAGGAUGACACCGACAUGUCGCUGGACACGCUAGAAGCUGUUUACAUUGGCCAGGCGCGAAGCACCUGGAAGGGAGUGCCUUUGGGAAAAUCCGCGCUUGAUUGGCAAAUGUACGCCACUCUGAUCGAGGAGCUGAAGCCCAGGACCAUCGUGGACAUCGGCUCCUGGGCCGGCGGCAGCGCGCUUUUCUUUGCCGACUUUGCGCAGAUGCUGGUUGGCGAGGAUUUUCACAAGGUUGUCAGCCUGGACAUAACCCUCAGAAGUGUACGAAGCACUGCCCGGCAGCAUCCCAAAAUCCAGUUCCAUGAAUGCAGCACGGAGCGCUUCCAGGGAGCCCUUCCGGAGGAGCUUUUCACAGAUGACUUUGUGUCCGCUCUUCCUCGCCCUUGGCUGGUGUCCGAGGAUGCCCAUUACCACUUCGCUGCGGUCAUGGCGCGGCUGCAUGCGGUCCUGCAGCCCGGGGACUACCUGGUGGUGGAAGACACCAGUCUGCAGAUGCAUGAUUGGUUCGCGGAGAGCAACGCUGAGGAGGGCCCAGAGAAGCGGGAGCGCACCGCGGAGGCCAUCCAGCAGCUGCGCAGAAAGCGGGAGAUCUUCGUGCGCUACUGCACGGAACAUGCCGACAAGUACCGGUGCGACACCAAGUAUGUGGACAUGUUUGGCUACAACGUGGGGAAGCACUGGAACAGCAUUGUGAAGCGCAGAGCUACCGCCGAACCGCGCCGGGGUGAAGCAAGCAAGCUGCGGCAGGUAUUGUCCCAAGAGGAUUUAGUGGACUACUCGGACGAGGAGGCCCUGCUCUUGGAUUUCGUCCCAGCGCGGCCCCGGGAAGGGGAGGACGAGAAGUGGCAUAGCUCGAAGGAGCGCGCUACCGCUGAGGUGGAGGCGCUGCACGCGCUGCAACGGCUGCACGGCAGGCGAGCAAAGUCAUCUUCUGCUGGACAGGCCAUGGGCCCGGCCCUAGCUGCGGCAGCACUGGAGGGCUUCUACCAGGACCAGGGCAAGGAGGACAGCGGUGGGAGCAGUCUGAGGCGGGACAGCUCGGAUUUUCAGCUGGCCAGGUCCCAACUGCCGCCGCGGGUCUUUGAGGAGCUCCGCAGAAGACGCAAGGCGCCUGCUGGCUGCCCGGAAAACGGAGCGUGGCAGCCCGAUGGGUUGCUGGGUGUGAACUGGGCCGUGUGA